UUGUGUCUAAUCUGAUAGAGGACAGAUCCAUCUUUACUCCCAGUAAUGGAAUGUUUAGGAUAAAAAACCUGAGAAUGACUGAUGGUGGUGAAUAUACCCUUCGAAUCUUUGAUUCAGAUGGACAUGAAUCAGAACAGCGGACUCUACAAUUGUCCAUUCAAGAAAUGUUAUCAGUGUCUUUCGGGAGCGGCAACUGUUGCCAUGAUCCACUGGCUGUUGGAAGAUCAGAGGAACAGAGCCUCCAGAAGGCAUGGACGUUAAGGGGCCUUUUAGCGUUGAUGCACCAGAGAAAGACGGACAGAGGGCUGUACAUGCAGUUAAAUGAUGCCACCCCUAUAAUGCUGUCGUACGGUAAUCCAGACGUCUGCCUCAAGAAGGACUUUCAUCUAAAUAGAACAACUGUGGCAUACUUGAUUCAAUUAAUUACCUCACCAAGUGACCACGGUUGGGGCCAGGAGAUGGAGGUUCUUGUGUUCCUGUAUAGUUUGGCCCAUGGGCUAUCACUCUCUGUGGUCAGCUCUGCAUUUGGGAUUCCCAGGACCACUGUGCACAAUAUGAUCCACAGAGUCAGCAGGGACAUAAAAGCCAAACUCUCAACUGUAAUUUCACUGCCAUUGCCACAGGAGCUUCACACCAUUGCCCAAGGCUUCAGUUAACUUGCACGGACGGAGUCCUGCUUUUGCCCAUGCUGCUGGUGCCAUAGAUGGAUGCCACAUUCGUAUUAGAGCUCCAGGGAACCUGCACCGUGCUGACAAGCUUUUUCCAUCCAUACAAAUGCAGGCCAUAUGAAAU